AAAUCCUGGCUGUUGAUCCAACAGCCUAUCAAAUCUUGUUUUUUCUUUUUUAUAGUGGGCACUUUCGGUACUGUGUCGUUUUCUGCUUUAUCUGCAGCCGACUUUUUGGAGUCUGUCAGUCGGCUCUUAUUUCAACUCCCAACUUUUGAAUUCUAUCAAUGUGAGACGGCAACGUGCGUCCUCUGAUGUUGUAAAGCUUCAAUCUUUCGGUUGGUCUUUCGUUGUUGUCUGUCUCUCGGAAACUCUCCCACGAAACCCAUUUACUCGUUUGUUGUUUUUGUUUUUGUCAUUCGUUCUGAAAAAUUCACUCAUUCCACUUCUUUCUUUGGCUCCACCACAUGAACAGGCCUAGAUUCCGGUGUUAAGUAAGCUGUUUCGUUGAUUGUUCUGAAUCUCCCGUAUCUUCCUUGUCUGCUGCAAGAAACGUUACUGAAUUUCACCUUGGAUUACUGAUUCACAUUUGAAGCACUGGAGUGUUUCCUAUUCGAGCACAUGGCUGCCUCGGGGACUUCAUCUGCAUUGUCGCAGAAAGCCCCCCAGGAUUGGUCUAAAGCUUUGGUAUAUGCUUUUUUUGAAUGGCUGCUAAUUUUUGUGCUGUUUGUUGACGCCAUAUUCUCAUACAUAAUUACGAAGUUUGCUUAUUACUGUGGAUUGCAAGCGCCUUGCCUGCUGUGUUCAAGAAUUGACCAUGUUUUGGGCAAGGAAAAACUUGGUUAUCAUUGGGACCUGUUCUGCGGCAAUCAUAAGUCAGAGAUUUCUUCGUUAGUUCUUUGCCGUGCUCACAAUAAACUUGUAGAUGUUCAUGGAAUGUGUGAGAGUUGCCUCUUCUCAUUUGCAACAAUUAAUAGAUCCAAUGCUGAGACAUACAGAUUACUGGUGGGUAAGUUGGGGGACGAUCCUAAAUUUGAUGUCGAUCAGGACCCAAUACUCCGGGGUCAUAAUCCUUGCUCUUCAAGCAGAACGUUUUGUUCUUGUUGCAAUCAGCCGUGGAUUUCUCGGGGGGAUUCUCAAAAGUUGAUUCAGAAAAAGAUUUUAGAAUCUGAGGCUGAACUUGAUAUGCCCGUCUCUCAUGUUAUUGAACGUAAUCAUAAAGAACUGAGGAAACAAGAUGAACCAUCUAUGUCAGUGAGAACCACUCAUAUUCGAGACAGCGGGCUUCACCCUUUAUCUCAUGUUGGAUAUACCGAGCUCAAGGUUAAUUCUGAUACUGAAUCGGAAGUUCAUUAUUCUGAUGAUGAUGAUGAUGCAAGUGCUUUGAUUCCUGAAAGCCACGAUUGCAAGAAAGAUUUAUCUCAAUAUGUUGAGCCUCGCGUUAUUGCUCCAGCUUCGAGAGAUCCAGCAUCUGCUCCUGAGCCUCCAGUUUUGGUGUCAGAGGUACAAGUUGAUCUUAUGUCACAUGAUAGUACAUCUGUAGCAUCUACUUUAGCUAUUUCCAAUGGACUGGAGGAACUUAACUGGCAACAAGUUGAGAGCAAGGCUGAUGUCCCUGCGUCAACUGGACCCGUUGUUGACAGUCCCACUCCAUCAUCAAAUGCAAUGAAACCCCCAAUUGAAGUGUCAAAACAAAGAAGUGAUGUUACUGGAACUCGUGAAAUUGAUCAAACAUCUGUGGUGGAAUCUGGGGAAUUGUGCAAGGAAGAAGUCAGGCCACGUACAACAUCUGAAACAGGUGUGGAAACAAACCCCGUUUCAAGCAACGCUGAUGUGCAAGUAACCAAUGUUCUAGAUCUUGGUGAUGCUUAUAAGCUUGUUGUUGUUAGUAAAGGAAAGCAUUUGUCUGGUGGGGUUGCAGAAAAAUGGAUUGGGAAGGACUCUUCAAAAGCUAGCGAAGAUUUGAAGCUCUUGCUGUCACAAUUGUCUGCUAAUCGAGGGCUUGAGCAAUCAACAAGCACAAUGAGUCCGAGAUUGUCUGCAAAUGGUGGAAGGGCAAUGAGUCCGAGAUUGUCUGCAAACAGUGGAAGUGUAAUGAGUCCGAGAUUGUCUGCAAAUAGUGGUGAUUUGAAAGCUUCCGAUACUUCCAAUUCUUUUGGAAUGCAGAUACUUAGCAAGAGGAUCUCACUUGAAAGAAAUGAGUCUGGGCUGUCUCUAGACGGGAGCGUUGUCAGUGAAAUUGAGGGUGAGAGUAUUGCUGAUCGAUUAAAGCGGCAGGUUGAGCAUGACAAGAAAAUUAUGAGCGCUUUGUAUAAGGAGUUGGAGGAAGAAAGAAAUGCUUCUGCAAUUGCUUCAGAUCAAGCAAUGGCGAUGAUUACAAGACUGCAAGAGGAGAAAGCAGCGCUCCAUAUGGAAGCACUCCAGCAGCUAAGAAUGAUAGAAGAGCAAGCCGAGUAUGAUAAUGAAGCGCUGCAAAAGACAGAAGACCUUCUUGUCGAGAAAGAGAAGGAGAUACAAGAUCUAGAAGCGGAACUGGAAUUGUAUAGGAUUAAGUAUCCCAAUGAAUCGAUGCUCGCUAAUCUAGCAGAGACAACUGGUGAUAUUCAGGCAAGGGAUAUUGGGGUCGAUCAUUCCGAAUCAAGCAACAUGGAACACAGUUCAAGUGUACAUAAACACGUGGAUUAUGGAAAGCCUCAUACGCACAGCAAAGUUGAAGGAGCCGCGACGACUUUUAGUGAUGAGGAUGGUGGUAGUGUAAAAACUUCACUUUUGGAUUUCGAAGAUGAGAAGAAACAAAUCUUACAAUAUCUAGAGAUUUUAGAGAAGUCACUUUCUUUGUUCUCUACCAAUGGGGUAAACUCGGAUUCGUCCGAAGGUGAUUGUUCUGAAAAUGGAGGCUCCCAAGAAGCUGUUGCAAAACGAGAGAAUGACCUGCCAGUGCAACAUGAAGUGUCUGUAUCAUCGUCGGGACAUACUGCACUUGAAAACCCUCUGUCAAAUGGCAAGGGACAGUGUGAAUUUCAUAGCAGCGGGCCAAACUCUGCAGAUCUCUGUCAAGUGACAGAUUUAGCUUCUCUCCGGGUCCUGAGUUCCAAUGUGCUUAAGAGGUUGAAGACACUCGAGGCGGACCGAGAGUUUCUUGAACACACGAUUAACUCGCUUAGAUACGGUGAGGAGGGACUGACGUUCAUUCAAGAUAUAGCUUCUUACCUGGGGGAAUUACGAAAAAUCGGGAUAAGAAGAGAUCAAACAUCAGCUUGAGUCUGUAGCGCCAUAACAAAAGGUGGCGUGUUUAAAGGACAUGAUCUUCGAGAAAUCAGAAGGUGGCUAGUAGUUUUCACUCCUCUGUUUGUCUAGUCUUUGGAGUGAAUAAAUCGAAGAACAAUCGAGGGACAAAAGAAACGGGAGAAGCACAAAAUAAAUCACUACCCUCGAAGAUUUGGCAUAUCAGGUGUACAGUAAUAUAGUUUUUUUUCCUCUCUACAGUCGGCAAAAAGAAUAUGAUAGGAGUUGAGUCCCUCCCUUAAUACUAUACAGUUGGUCGUUUUUCUCCCUUUCCCCACCAUUUGUGGAUAGAUUUUUCUGUGUGCCGGAAAUGAGUUGGUACACCAAGUAUAAUAAUACAAUUAGUUGGAAAUUAAAAAAAAAAAAUUAUAUAUAUAUAAUUUUUUUUUACAAUUGGUUUACUGAACAUGUUCCCGGCACACUAAAACAUUUCUCAUUUUGGGUCUGACAUAUUUCACAUUUUACCUUGGAAAUAUGUAGUUUUGGUGAGCUUUUCAUUUUAAAUUUUAUUAUUUUUACUAAUUAGAGUUUGAGUGGGUUUAUUUUAUUUUUCUUCUUUUUGUUUUUUGGUUUUUAUUUUUUUCACCUUUUUUUGGUUUUAUAUGGAGUGGAUGAGUAAUUUAAAUGUAAAACGGUUGAUUCUUGUGUGUAAAACUGUGAAGUAUCAAUAAAAAGAUUGAUGUCA